UUUUUUCUGAAAUUCACUCGACACGAGAACAAGUAUUUAACUUUAGGACGAGCGGCCAUUCAACGACAACGUUCGCGUGGUGCCGACAUAUUGUUAAGUGAAACGAUCGCAUCUUCGGCACCUGCACCACCUCCUUCGACGGCUGUCGAAUUACCAAUAAAAGGACCGUACAAAAUUCGACGCAAAGGUCAACCUACAAUCACAGUGAAUGCCGAUGGAACACCAGUAACGCAAACAGCGUCUACAGAGAAUUCAAAUCCGAACACUGCGGCGAGAAAAACAGCCGGAACCGAUGACUUACUUGCUCGUCUCAAUGAAUUAUGA